AUGGCUCCAUUGUCGCAAGAACAAAUUGAUAAGGAGUUUGCCGCUCAACUUUCUCUGUUAGAUUCACAAAGAAAAGGCAAAGAUAUUGUAAACGAGGGUGAAUAUUCUGAGGAUGAUUUUGAAAUGCUCCUAGCUAUGGCUAUAUCUAUUGAAGAAAGAAGUAACUCCUCGAAACCAUCCAGCUCCACUGGUUCUACUCAUCAAAAUCAAGUAGUUUCUGAUACAGGAGAUGACGAGUCUGAUGAUGUAGUUCCUGCUGUGGCUGAGGGUGCUGCGGGGAGUUCUUCUAACAGAUCAGUUGGAAGAAAUGCAGGGAAGAAUGUAGAUAGAUCCACCUGA